CCGUCGCCUCUGACCAACAGGCCCGGCCGUCGCGCCACCGCUGCCGCCUCUGCUGUUCGGGCACCGCCACCGUACCAAGGUUCUCGAUUUGUUGUAGUUUUGAAAAUGGGUGACGACCGUAAGGCGAUGUAUGAUGGAUGGAGUCGAACUGGCGAGCAUACUAUGGAAUGGGCUCGUAUCGCAAAUGCUUUCAUGACCCAAGCCUUUGCCAGUGGUUGUACUGUUGCGAAGUGCCCGUGUAAGAAUUGCAAGAAUCGUCUACGUCAGUAUAGACAUGAAAUACAGGUUCACCUUUGCAAGGACGGAUUUAUGCCUGAGUACCUGGUGUGGCACGAGCAUGGGGAGCUGGAGCAUGCCAGUGAGUCAGACGGAAACGAUGAUGAAGAUCGGAUGGAUGAGAUGAUAGCGGAUGUUGGUAGGGAGUACGAAAAGGAGUCACCGCCGGAGGAGGUACAGAAGUUUUUCAGGCUUCUUGCCACCUCAGAUGAAAAAGUGCAUGAAGGUACCAAUGUGACCGUUCUGCAGGCGGUGACACGCCUUAUGGCGAUGAAGUCCAAGUACAAUUUCGCGAACAAUUGCUACAAUGGUAUCUUGAAGCUGAUCAUUGAUCUCCUUCCCUCAAAUCAUAAGAUGCCGAAAGACCUAUACCAAUCUAAGAAGAUUUUGGCCGGUCUGGGCAUGAAUUAUGAGAAGAUUGAUGCGUGCGAAAAUAAUUGCAUGCUAUUUUGGAAGGAACACGAGAACGAUACUCAUUGUAUGCAUUGCAAUGCGUCCAGAUAUGUGGAGGUCGUGAGUGAUGAUGGAGAGCAAGUAACUACAAAAGUAUCGGUCAAACAACUUCGGUACAUGCCUAUCACGCCAAGGCUUAAACGGUUGUAUCUGUCCCAAGAAACAGCAAAGCAGAUGAGGUGGCAUUCCGAAGGUAAACGUGAGAGCGAGGACAAAGAUAUUAUGGUGCAUCCUUCAGAUGGCGCAGCUUGGCAAGCUCUGGACCGUUUUGAUCCGGAGUUUGCAAAAGACUCCAGAAAUGUUCGUCUUGGGUUGUCAACAGAUGGUUUCACUCCUUUCAGCACCAGCAAUAGCCCUUAUUCUUGUUGGCCUGUUUUUAUCAUGCCCUACAAUCUGCCUCCCAACAUGUGCAUGAAAGAAGGAUAUAUAUUCCUCGCGGCCAUCAUUCCUGGUCAUAAACAUCCGGGGAAGAAAAUCAAUGUGUUUAUGCAGCCAUUGAUUGAAGAGUUGAAAGAGCUGUGGCAAGGGGUAAAGGCAUAUGACAGCCAUAAAAAAUGUGAAUUUACCUUACGUGCCGCGUAUCUAUACUCAAUCCAUGAUUUGUUGGCAUAUGGCAUUUGGGCUGGCUGGUGUGUCCACGGAAAAUUGUGCUGCCCCAUAUGUAUGGCAGACACGGAUGCGAUCUGGCUGAAGUAUGGAAAAAAAGUCAGUUUCUUUGAUUGCCAUCGACGAUUCCUUCCUUCUAACCAUCCAGAGAGGAGAGAUAUUCAAUCAUUCCGAAAAGGCAGGAAGGUUACAAAAGGACCAUCUCGUCGAUUGACAAGCGAACAAAAAAUGGCAUGGCAUGAAAAGUUGAAAGAGUCUGUAGAAGGUGGCUUCGAAGGGUAUGGUAAAGAACACAACUGGACUCAUAUUUCAUUUCUUUGGGAGCUACCAUACGCAAAGCCGCUGCUUCUACCGCACAACAUUGAUUUGAUGCACCAAGAGCGUAAUGUCGCUGAAAGCAUCAUAAGCAUGUGUUUUGAUUUUACCGGUCAAACCAAAGAUAAUUUGAAUGCUAGGAAAGACUUAGCUGAUCUUUGUGAUCGUCCUGGGCUUGAGGUUAGAACAAAUACAAGUGGAAAUGAAAGUAGGCCACGAGCUCCAUACUGUGUGAAGCCAGAAGAAAGAAAGCAAAUAUUUAGUUGGUUGAAAACAUUGAAGUUUCCAGACCGCUAUGCAGCUAACAUCAAACGAUGCGUCAAUCUCAACACCGGUAAACUCAAUGGGUUGAAGAGUCAUGAUUACCAUAUUAUGAUGGAAAGACUUGUACCGGUAAUGUUCCGUGGCUACUUUAAGCCUGAUUUGUGGAAGAUGCUUGCUGAACUUAGCUACUUCUACAGGCAGAUAUGUGCUAAGGAAGUGUCGAAGAAGAUGAUGCGGCAGUGGGAGAAAGAAAUCGUGGUGCUUCGUUGGUAG